AUGCCGGCCCUCUGCCGCAGCGCCGCCGCCUACGACUCGCUGCCGCGCGGCGCUCGCGGGCCCAAUGCCGCCGUGCACCGUCUGCGAGUCUCCUCGGGCGCCGCUUUCCGCGACUCAGAGGAGUUCGGCAGUCCCAGCGGCAGCACCGCCGCCCUCGUCGCCGCCGCCAAGGACAACGCGCCUUCGGGGCGUCGUCGCCGCACACACAGCGCCGCGCCGGGCGGUGCUGCUGCCGCACUCCUCUCGCCACGCAGUCGCCGUGCUCGCAAGGACGUGCAGCUGCCGCUCGCCAGCUCGGGCCCUAGCGACGGCUGGGACAGCUCGGCGUCCGACGAGCGCGACGCCGAGGCGCAGCUGCUUCGCGGCGUCAGCAGUGCGCCGUCGAGCCCCGUCAAGGGCGCGGCUCCUCACAGUCGCUCAAUCGGCGCUCCGCUAAGCCCAAGGUCGCAGGAGAGGGGCGCUGCACGAGGAAUUGGCAGCCCGGGUAGCCCGGUCCCGGCGCGGAAGAGAAUCGUGGACAAGCGCGUCAUCGGCCUGCCCACCAACUUUCAGCACACUGGACAUAUCGGAGCCGCUUCAUACGGUACGGCAGUGUCGCAAGCGAGCGCUGCCGCGCUUCAGGCACAGCUGUCCGAGGUGGCGGCAGCGCUGUCCAUGGACCUUGGGCCGAUGAGCACUCCUGCCUCGCGCGUCACGACCGCAUCUCUGCCUGCCGCACCGCCUGCGCCGCCGACCAAGGAGACCUCGCUCGAGACGGCCGCUACGCCGCUCGCCGCUGUGGACGAGACGCUCGCCGAGCCCACGACGCCUUUCACACCCACCGUCGAGCACUACUCGGCGCCCACUACGCCCUUCACACCGACUGUCGAGCAGCCUGUUUCUCCCGCUCUGCUCUCGCCCGCCGAGAUCGACGAGCAGGACGCUGGCGACACGACGCUGACGGCGCCUGAUGUGGCCUCGCCUACGCGCUCCAGCGCAUCCUCUGCGCACGCUCGCACUCCGAGCGACGAGACGCCCUCCAUUCGUGCGGUGGUGCGGCGCUCGUCUGAGGACGAGGAGCUUGCGGACGACUUUGCGCCAGCUUUUCAGAGCAGCUACACGCCAGCUGCGUCAUUCCCGCAGACCUCCGCGCCCUCCAGCCCGCGCAUGGUCGUCUCGCCUGCGUCGCCGGUGCGCCGCAAGGUCCCAUCAACGAUGGGCCCAUCUUCUUCCGUCACGCCUAGCGCCUUUGGCUCGCCCUCGCGCUCCUCCGCCGCGCCGCCGGCCGUGCCGAGCACAGGCGGCUUCGGCCGUGCCAAGCGCAAGCCCGUGCCUGCGGCGCUCGCUGGCAUUCUGGCAGACCCGGCCGAGCUGGCAAGCGCGGGCCACAGCACGGACGACGACGUGCCGCUCAGUCCCGAAGCAGACCUGUCUCGCAAUGCGAGCGUCCUGGGCGACCUGCCGAGUCGCUUCGGCGCCGCUGGAGGUGCAGCGGCCAAGAACGGCAGCUGGGCCGCGCGAGGCAGCACGCGCGAGAAGCUCAACCCUCUCGAGCGUGCGCGCAUCGCCGCGGCCAAGCUGGAGGAGGCGCAGCGGCUUCUAGUCGAGGGCACCGGCGAGCCGGCCGCUGAUGCCGAAGCACCGGCACCGCCGGGCAAGGACGAGCCAAUCCGCGCGCCGACGCUGGCGCAGCAGGCAGCCUCGAUCCGCCUCAACGGCAAGCGCAUGGUGCAGGGCCCGACGGGCGCGUACAUCACCGACACGGCAAAUGGCCGCUGGAACACGGCACUGGACGAGAUCACGCGUGCGCUCGCAGCUGCUGGCAUGGACCCCAACGAGCCGGCGCAGGACGACGAGGAGAGCAUGCGUGAGGCUAUGCGCCAGGCUGAUGCUGUGCUGGGCCGCCUGGGCCACGAUGUAUGA